CCAUGGUGACAAAACACGGUUGACGUUACCUAGCAAGUAUAAAAUUCAAGCAAAGCGAAAUUUGGUCUACACAGAGCAAAAGUGACUAAAGGAAUUGAAAAACCGCAUCAGCCAUUUAAACAACACAAUGGACACUGAGGAGAUAAAUGAACAAUCGCAGGCAGGAGAGCACAGAUUUUUUCCCACCGCUGUGUCAGAAGAGGAGCCGAAUGAGGCCAGGAGAAAAAGCACCCUCAAGCAGAUUUCCAAUACAGUCUGUCUGACACCAGGACAGAAACGUCCACAAAGACCAGAUCUACAGGGGAGCCUCAUCAUUCGGAGCAAGGCUGCAGAGCAUUACAGAAACGGAAAAGAGGCCAUGGGGACGUCUCAGUUUGAGAAGGCUGUGAUCUGUUUCUCCAAAGCCAUUACACUGAAGCCUAAACAGCCUCAGCUGUAUGUGAGCCAGGGGGAGGCCUACCUCCAGAUGUGUGACUUCCAGUCAGCAGCAGCCUGUUAUAAACGGGCCUGUCUCCUGGAGCCCGGAGCCCACAGCACACGUUUGGCUUUCAUCUACUUUCUCCAGGGCCAGUGUUUGUUGGACCACGGCCUUUACCUGGAGGCUACCUGGAUCAAAGCUUCUGAGGUGAAGCCCGGCUGCAGAGCCUACGAGGUCAGAAGCCUGGCCUGUCUGAUAGCUGCAGGUAACCACUCUGAGAGUCUGAUGCUGGUGAACAACUGGAUGGUGACAGAUACUCCCAACUCUGAUCUUUACAUCUUCAGAGCCCGGCUGCACAAACGGCUCAACCAGAUAUCACAAUGUUAUGAAGACGUGAAGUCUGCAUUGACACUGAACCCAGCGUGUCCGAAGGCCAGAGCCAUGCUGCUGCAGCUGCAGGAAACUGCCGAAUGGGCCAGACAAAUGGCUGUGCACAGAUCUUUGACUGGCCAGCUGCCUGAAUCCCUCUGCAUGAUCAAUAUCGCUAUAGAGAACUGCACAGACGACGGACGCCUCUACCUGUUCAGAGCGAGUCUGUACCGGCAACUACAUGUGUUCCAAGCAGCCUUCGACGAUGCCGUCCGGGCCCUGAAGAUGAGCGAGGAGGAUGAGGUGGAGAAGGAGGUCGGAGGUCAGGCAGCUGCCAGAAAUGAGAAGGACGAGCGUAAUUCCAUGGAAGAGGAUGCAGAGCUCGAGCUGGUUCACAUUUACAAUGAUUCUGCUGUUGAGCGCUUCAGCAGAGGCCUCUACACUGAGGCAAUUCGGCUUCUUAACGACACCAUCAGUGUGGAGAAACGCCUGGCAGGCCUGUACCUGAACCGAGGAGACUGUUUCUUUUUACAGAGUGAAUUUUAUUUAGCUCUGGCUGACUACCAGCAGGCUGACGAGAUGACGCAGCUUGAUAACCCUGCUAUCCUGCUCCGCCUCGCUGUCCUCCACAACACACUGGGUUCUUUCAGCUUCCGAGAUGGGAAAUUCCGAGAGGCAGCUGAAAUGUUUUCCUGGGCCAUCCACUACAACCCUACAGUCAGUCAGUACUAUAAGAACAGGUCAAAGGCCUUCCAAAAGCUGCUGAACUUUAAGGCUGCCAGACAGGACUUCGUCUGCAUGCUGCUCCUGGAUCCCACCAACGACGAAGUGCCUGCUCUGCUCACGCAUCUGUUCCCUCGCUGCAGCGUGUCAGAUGUUUUGUUCAGUCGAGAAGGACAAGCAAUGAGAGUUCAUCUGAUGAACAUCAUCCAGGCUUGCAGCUCUUUCGAACAACAAAGACCGAGUGAGACACUCCAGAAGAUGACUCUGGCUGAUGAGAGCAUACCGAGCCAAUCAGAGGAGCCAUCUGAAGCAGUGGAGCUGAAGCUGUGUCUAAGCCAACAGCAGUUGCAAAUAAUUGAUAAUAGUCCUCUUCAGAUAUUUACAGAAUAUUAAUGAAGGAUCACAAUAACAGGGCUACUGUUGUUUAUAGCCAUGUAAUAAAACAUUUCUGAAAGCAUA